AUGGCUCCCAAGGCUGCUGAGAAGAAGCCCUCGACCGCCGGCAAGGCCCCGGCUGGCAAGGCACCUGCUGAGAAGAAGGAGGCCGGCAAGAAGACUGCUGCCGCUGGCUCUGGCGACAAGAAGAAGCGCACCAAGGCCAGAAAGGAGACCUACUCUUCCUACAUCUUCAAGGUGCUCAAGCAAGUCCACCCUGACACCGGUAUCUCCAAGCGCGCCAUGUCCACCCUCAACUCCUUCGUCAACGACAUCUUCGAGCGCGUUGCCACUGAAGCCUCCAAGCUCGCCGCUUACAACAAGAAGUCCACCAUCUCCACCAGAGAGAUUCAGACCUCCGUCCGCCUCAUCCUGCCCGGUGAACUGGCCAAGCACGCCGUCUCUGAGGGCACCAAGGCCGUCACCAAGUACUCUUCCUCUGCCCGAUAA